AUGAACGUCGACCGGAGCCCCGCGCUGCGCACCUCGCGAAAACAUCUCCGCUCCAGUGACGAUGGCAACAGUUAUGACUGGAGUUCGGAUUCUAGUGGACAAUUCGACGACGCUGAAGAGGUUGAACCGGAAGACUACCGGUCUCCCGCGGGCAACUUGGCCAAACGACGCCGCUCGAACGACUGGCCUCUACCCGAAGAGGCAGCUGAUUACGGGGCCAAUGACCGUCGCAAUCAGCGCAGCGAAACUGGGCAUCUGAGUGUCGGUAGCAUCGGAACACCCUCGAGAGUCUCUCCGCGUGCCUCGCCGCGCGCAUCUCCCCGCGGCUCGCUAGCAUCGCUGCGCGCACGACAUGCAGCUGCAUCUUCAUCUAGCCCCCGCCACCUCAGAGGCCGCACUUCCCGAUUCGUCGAAGCUACUAUGAGUGACAGUGUUAGCGAAAAGCCGCCCAGCAUUUACUUCCGCGAUCGAGAGAGCAAGCCCCAUGGCAACCCGCACCGCUCGUCUGGUAUCUUUCGAUUCGGAAAGGCCAUCGCCUCGGCUUUCAAUCCGUUUGGCGGGUGGAACAAGAGUGAAGGAUCGCCAACCAAGUCGCCACAAAAGGAUGUUAUCAAUCAAGCAGAGCAGGCCUACGCUGAAUUGAAGAAGGCCGGGUACAAAGGCACAAACAAAGGGCAUUAUAUCCAGACGCAUGGUGUCGACUGUGUUUCCGCAGAUAGGACUUGGCAGUCCAUUCAGGACAAGACGGAGCACAGUUCUCCAGUCAAGGACUCGCGACGGUACUCGAUUGAUCGUGGAGAUCGUGGUGUACACUCGCGCUCCGACUCUGGGGCCUCCAAACGCUCAUCCCUUCAGGAUCUUCGUCUGCCGAUGUCGUUUUUCCACAAAAGUCAUGAGUCCCCAUCUGCUUCUCAAGCUACCAUCUAUUGUGACAGAACCUCCGAAGAAUCCGAGACUGGACUCCGAAAGCAGCCCUCGCGCAAGGAACUCUCACGCCAGACCAAGCUGCUUAAGAAGGUCAGCAACCUUGAGGAUAAAUUGGAUCGUGCCCGGCGCGAGCUUCGCGAGCUCACAGGCAAUGAACCGCCACCGCUGCCGGCUUUAGCGCCUAUCCCUCAGCCAAAUGUCAUCAAUACUAUCAACACUGAAAUCGAUCCUGCGUCUUUUCCACGGAAAUUCGUCCCUGGAGCUCUACCAACGUUGCCAUCUGAACGUCUUUUGAACCAACAAGCAGCUCAAACAGAGGCAUCAGGGUCAAACGGCGGAGAUUUUACUGCUCUUCCUUCCAUGGACGAUCGCGAAAGCUUCUCAUUUGAGGAAAUAAGCCCCGCUCCGAGCCCGGCUGCGGCCAAACAUACGAGACGGCGCUCCAAAGAGACAUGGCCGUCGCCCCUGGGUAAGGACAGUCUUUCCCGUAAACGGAAAUCACCCAUUCCUGAACCUGUCGAUAGUCGAAAGCCUCCUCAGCCCUGUUCGACGGACUGCGUCGACGACCUCGAACAAGACCCCGAAUUCGAAGACCUGAUCGACUUUGGUUUGCUCAGCCCACCCGGCAGAGCCAAAUGGCAGAAAUCCGGGGCCGGCGAAAGUCCAGGCUCCGCAAAGCGCAGACAAGCAACAAACCAGUCUGUGUCGGCCGAACCUGACGCUAAACCAACAGAAGAAAGUGCAAAUGCACCCACCAGAAGGUCUCCUUACGUUUCUUCACCCCAAAAACCUUCCGCCGCAGCCUACUCACCAAGUCCCAAGCCCACAACACCACGCGGUACCCUGUUGCGACGUAGCGACUCGAACCGCCAUUUGAAAUCUUCGCCUCCUUUCGUCUCGGAAGAUCCCGUGGACAUGUGGUCUUCGCCAGUCGCUCCGCAAGACAAAUCCCAUAGCGACUUUUAUCUCCACUCCCAGACCCAUCUCGAUCCCGAUCGUAGUCCUCGCACCCCUUCGAGGUCGAAAACCAGUCCCAGUCGCUCGUCCAGGUAUCGCCGCGACGAAGAUAUCCCACCCGUGCCGCCCCUGCCUGAAGAGCUGCGCUCGAGUGCUGCCAAGGUACAUGUUAACAAGUCGUUUAACAAGUCUCCUAAGAAGAGGCCUGUCUCUGCGCCUGUCUUUACGCCGACUUCGGCUCUCACAGAUACAGUGAUGCCCGACGUUGAGGAUUAUCAGUGGCCUGAUGAUAUUUUCUAA